GGCAGAUUUCGGUUGGAUGCCAUGCUGGAAAACCUUUGCUCACAGCAAAUAUUUGAACAUCACGUGCUUCUCCUAAAUUUGAUCGGAAGUGGGGAUCAGCAAUGAUAUCGAAAUCAGAUAGGCCUAUGCAAGACUGAACAUUUCUUAUUUCAAACAACAUCUGUUCGUGUUUGCGAGCUUGUCUUUCUAUACUCCUAAAUCUCAGAAGUUUGUCUGCCCGUACAGAACAUGAGUCUUAAAAAAACGCGGGAUUUUAAAAGCCAUUCCAAACGAAGGAGAUCAGAGUCUAAAAGCACUGCCAAUAACCUUGCAGAACUACCAAGUGAACGCCAAAACAAAAGUCCAAAGUCAAAGAGAGCAGCUUCUCCAACCCCCAGUUAUCUGUCAAUGAGGACGGACUGGUCAAUGGAUCCACCAGGCAACUUCAAAGGUGGAGAGACAUUUCCUUUGCAUUCAAGGAUUAAGAGAAAAAGAGAGACAUCACAAGUCACCAGUUAUAUCUCCCUGAAACACGACAACCCAAUGAACGAUUCAAGAGACAACACAUCCAUGCUAAGAGUCAGAGCAGCUUCUCCUACACCCACCUGUAUGUCUUUGAACACAGACUGGUCAAUGGAUCCACCAACCAACUUCAGAGCCGCGGAAACUUUGCCACUGGGUCCAAGACUGCUGACAGAGCAUCACUUUAGAUGCCCAUUGUGCACAUCGAUUUUGAAAGAUCCAGUGUCCACCUCAUGUGGACACAAUUACUGCAGAGGUUGUAUUAAUGAAUUCUGGGACAGUUGUGCAGGAUAUUAUGUCUGUCCACAAUGUGGUAAUCCAUCAGAAACACGGCCGGUGCUGAACACAAAUGCAGCUCUGGCUGAGGUUGUUAAAAACCUGCAGCAAGCAGGCUUCAGUCCGGCACUUCCACCACAAUCCUACGCCAGAGCGGAAGACGUGGCCUGUGAUUUCUGCACUGAGCGCAGACUGAAAGCUGUGAAGUGUUGUUUAACCUGUGACGUGUCCCUCUGUGAGACUCACAUCAAGAAGCAUUACACAAUACCAGCACUACAGAAACACACACUGUCAGACGUGAAGACGAGACCCUCACAGCAGUGCCAGAACACAGACAACAGCUUCAGAAGCAUUAGCUCUGGACAACAGGAUCACACAGAUAAAACUGUUGACAUUAUAAAGGAGAUGGCAGUCAGGAGCAUCUUUGAAAGUGUUUUGAAACCCGCCAAGCUUCAGACACAACCAAAAAGACCUGCAAAACCUAAAACAAGAGAUAAUAAAGAGGUUCGAAAUCUUGCACGUAUGUGCUCCACACUGAAGCAAGAAGUUUCAGGGCUUAAAAAACGACUCUCAAAGAGAAAGAAUACAAAGAAAGAGAAACGUUAUGCAGAGGAAGAGGAUGAGGACUGCAGUGAAAAAGAUUCAGAUGAAAGUAGUGAUGAUGAAGGGGACAGUGAUAGUUCUGAUGAGGGGGAAGAUGGCUCCGAAAAUAGUUCUGAUGAAGAGGAAGAUGGCUCUGAAAAUAGUUCUGAUGAAGAGGAAGAUGGCUCUGAUGAGGAGGACGGGGAAGAAGAUAGUCGAGAUGAUGAGGAAGACAACUCUGCAUGCAGUGAUGAAGGGUCUGAUGACAAGUAUUCUGAAGGCUAUAAUGAUCACGGUUCUGAUGAAUACAACAGUGAGGAUGAUGACUACUGAUAUGAAACCUGAUAACCUGAUGUAUAAUAGGCUAUUAUAAAAAUAUAGUCAAUAUUAUGUGCUUUCCAGUAGCCUACUGAAUUACAAAUGUUCAGUUAUGUGCAUGCAGUGCAUCUCAACUUUGUGUAUGACUUGCUUUUGUUUUGGGUUUACCAUCACAGUUCUGUGACAUUUGAAAAUGAAAUGUAAAACUGUGGAACACACAUGCGCAUUUUGUAUUUACAGUGUAGUUUUUCAUUGUACUUCCAAACUGGCAGAAAAAAAUAAAAUAAAA